AUGACAACAAUCACUGCUCCAGGAGUAUCUGUUGUUGAUCCGAUCAACAAGGAACCAGCACAAGCACAAGAAAAUUUCAAGCCAAUUAUUAGAGAAAAAGGAUUGGGUUUACUCCAGGAAAUUCCUGAUGAUGGUAUUGUUGAAAUUAUCAUUCCAUACCUAUCAAAGAGUGAGCUUUGUAAUCUUUCAUUGGUUUCUAAAACUCUACUCGUAUUGAGUGAAGAUCAUAGUAUGUGGAGACAAUUUACAUUGAAUGAAUUUCAAGGAAACUUUUGGUAUGAAAAAUCAUGGAAAUAUACCUAUAUCCAUGCAUGGUGGUUGAGUAAAAAGAUUGAGAAACCAUGUCCAUUUACUGGAUUUUCAGGUACCUUGUACAGUAGAUGGAGUAGAUCUCAAUUUGACAUGUCACUUUUUGAUAUUCCAUUUUCACACAUUGAAAGAAUACCUGCCGAGAGUAUUACUUAUGAACAAUUUACUGAAAAGUAUAACAAGUUUCAAAUUCCUGUAAUUAUUACAGGAGCUCUUUCAAGCUGGAAAGCCAUGACUAAUUGGAAAUUGGAUUCAUUCUUGGAAAAGUAUGGUGAAGUUGAAUUUAAAACAGAUCAACAAGUUUCACACUUGGGUCCUCAUUAUUCAGAAUUGUACAGAGAAUAUCUUCAAGAUAAAAAGGAAGGAAAGGAUUUGAGUAAAUACGAUGAACACAGAAAGGAAGGCAAUAUCAAAAUCAAGUUUCAAAAUUAUGCCAAUUAUAUGAAACAUAAUCAAGAUGAAAAUCCAAUCUAUGUUUUUGAUUCAAAGUUUGCAGAAAGAGAUGUAAGACUUUUGGAUGAAUAUGAAAUUCCACAAUUAUUCAAGGAAGACUUUUUCGAGCAAUGUCUAUCACUUGAUGAAAGACCACUCUUUAGAUGGCUGGUUGUUGGACCUGCAAGAAGUGGUACUCAAUUCCACAUGGAUCCAUACUUGACAAGUGCUUGGAAUGCCUUAUUGAGUGGUCGUAAGAGAUGGCUCUUCUAUCCAAUGAGUCAUGUGAGUGAAGAUUUGGAGGAAGCAAUUGAAGAAAUGAAGAGUGCAGAACAAGAAAUGAUUCAAGAAAAGUUGCAAUUCGAAAAGCAAAUCAAGACUAAAUUAUUACACGAAGGUAAAAUUAACAAGAUUUAUGAAGAUGAAUUUGAAAUUAAGGACAAUGCUCAACCAGUUCCAAGCUAUGUACCUUGUUCUGAACCAAUUCAAUGGUUGACCAAUGAAUAUUAUGAAGCCCUUAAUCAAGGAAGAAGACCUUGGGAAUGUGUUCAAUAUCCUGGUGAUUUAAUCUUUGUACCAAGUACUUGGUGGCAUAUGGUCUUGAAUUUGGAUGAUACCUUUGCAGUCACUCAAAACUUUUGUGACAGCUCCAAUGUCCAUUUGGUUUAUUCUGAUCUUGUUAAGAGAAGCCCUCGUAUGGCCAAAUUAUUGAGAAGAGGAUUGCAAAGAAUUGGUAAACUCGAUCUCAUUCGACCAUACCUCUCUGAAGAGGAAUAUAAGGAUGCUGUAGAAAAGGCCAAUGAAACUGACGAUAUUGAAAUGAAAGAUAGUUGCAAUAAAUAA